AUGAAGUACAUACCGGCGAUAGCUUCCAUGAGCCUGGGACGAGCCUGGGUCCAUGACUUUGAAGAAAAGAUGAAAGCUGCGUCCAAGUCUGGUUUUCAAGGCAUGGAAAUCUUCUACGAGGACCUCGAAUAUGUCGUAAAAUCACUGGCCUCAUCAGCCGAACAAGAUGCGACACCUUCCCCAGCACAACUCAUUGCCGCUGCANAANAAGUCAAAACCAUUUGCGAUCAGAAUAACUUGCGCAUCAUCGGUCUCCAGCCAUUUUUGUUCUACGAAGGACUGAAAGAUCGCCAACAACACGAUCGCUUGAUUGAAAAGCUGCAUGUUUGGUUCGAUAUCGUGGAUACACUAGAUACAGACACCAUCCAAAUUCCCGCCAACUUCUUGCCCAAAGACCAGAUCACAGGCGACACGGACACUAUAGUGGCGGAUAUGGUCAAAGUCGCCGACUUGGGUGCGAAUCGUGAGCGACCAAUUCGCUUUGCGUAUGAGAACCUCUGCUGGAGUACGUAUAUCGAUACUUGGGAAGCGGCAUGGGAGGUAGUGCAGCGUGUGGAUCGUCCAAACUUCGGCAUGUGUCUGGACACCUUCAACAUCGCUGGUCGGAUCUGGGCGGACCCUGCUGCACCAACAGGCAUGGUUGAAGAUGCUCAAGCUGCUCUGGACGCGUCUUUGGGACGACUUGUCAAGACUGUUGAUGUGGCAAAGGUGUUUUACAUCCAGGUCGUGGAUGCGGAACGAUGUGAUCCGCCACUCGACGAAAAGCACCCUUUUCAUGCAGACGGCCAGCCGAGUCGCAUGUCUUGGUCUCGUAACGCUCGAUGCUUUAUGUACGAGACUGAUAGAAAUGCCUAUUUGCCUGUGGAAAGAGUGGCUCGAGCCAUCAUCGAAGGCCUCGGCUACCAAGGAUAUGUGUCUAUGGAGCUGUUUUCGAGAACACUCUCGGAUGCCGCGCUGGAUGUUCCUCAAAGCCACGCUGUGCGUGGGAUACAAGCCUGGAAGAAGUUCGUGGAUGCUCUGGGUCUGAAGUAG